UGAGGAGGCAAAGCACAAACUUACUGCUGAUAGAACAAUAUCAUGGAUACCCACAAGAGAGUUAAUUGGUUUCAUAACCUUUUUUCACUGGCUAUUUUGUUUAUGUUCCUUGGAAAUGCAAAGUCCAGUAAUGGCUUUAAUGCUCCUGAGAGUGGGCAAUUUGAACUGACAGUGGAGGAAGUGGACAGCCAUUUACCAUAUUCUAGUGCUAAUCAAGGGAUUUAUCAGAUGAAUGAUAUGGAAGAAGAUGCAUGGGAAAUGGUGCAGAAGAAAGGUACCCAGUUUGUGGUCGAUGAUCAGCCUUUCUAUGUUAAUGGCUUCAACACAUACUGGCUGAUGGUAUUUGCUGCGGACCAAUCUACCAGAGGAAAAGUCACUGAGGUUUUUCAACAAGCAUCUUCAGUGGGUCUUACAGUCUGCCGAACUUGGGCAUUUAAUGAUGGCCAAUGGCGUGCUCUUCAGAAAUCUCCAGGUGUUUAUGAUGAAGAUGUUUUUAAGGCCUUGGAUUUUGUGGUGAGUGAUGCGAGAAAGUACAAGAUGAGGCUCAUUUUAUCGUUGAGCAACAACUGGGAAGCAUAUGGUGGCAAAGCACAAUAUGUUAAAUGGGGAAAAGCUGCUGGCCUUAAUUUGACAUCUGAUGAUGAUUUCUUCUCUCAUCCUACUCUCAGAAGCUAUUACAAGGCUCAUGUUAAGACGGUGCUCAACAGAGUGAAUACGCUCACAAACAUAACUUACAAGGAUGAUCCAACAAUAUUUGCUUGGGAAUUGAUGAACGAACCUCGAUGCACAUCAGAUCCUUCUGGUGAUAAAUUGCAGUCAUGGAUACAAGAAAUGGCAGUGCAUAUCAAAAGCAUGGAUGCAAAACAUUUAGUGGAGAUUGGAUUGGAAGGAUUUUAUGGUCCCUCAGCUCCUGACAGGGCUAAAUUCAAUCCUAAUACUUAUGCCACUCAAGUGGGAACUGACUUUAUAAGGAACCAUCAGACUCUUGGUGUUGAUUUUGCUUCUGUUCACAUUUAUGCAGACUCUUGGAUUUCGCAAACGAUUUCUGAUGCCCAUAUUGAAUUCACCAAAUCAUGGAUGGAAGCGCACAUUGAGGAUGCUGAGAAGUAUCUAGAUAUGCCUGUCAUAUUUGCUGAGUUUGGUGUAUCAACAAAAGACCCUGGUUACAAUUCGUCGUUCCGAGACACCAUGUUCAGUACUGUGUACAAAACCCUUCUGAACUCCACAAAGAAAGGUGGGAGUGGGGGUGGGAGCCUUCUGUGGCAGCUGUUCCCAGACGGAACAGAUUACAUGGAUGAUGGGUAUGCAAUUGUUCUAUCAAAAUCUCCUUCAACAUCAAAUCUCAUUUCCCUUCAUUCUACGCGGCUUGCAAUCUUCAAUUCCAUGUGUUCUUGGAAAUGCAAAUGGGGCUGCAGGAAGAAGAAUGCCUUGGAGACAUUCCUUUACCACGAUGAUUUGUAAAAGUACUUGAACUAUCACACAAAAAGGAUCCGAGUUAUCACAAUAAUAUGAACUUGUUUGUACCUCCCAAAACAUGAAUAUUCACAAAGAUAUAUAAUUUCAGCGGUUGUCUCAUGAA